UAUUUUAUUUAAAUCUGAGUUUCGAACGAAAGUUGGAGAAGAGACCGGAGAGAGAGAGAGAGAUGAGCAACGCCGCCCAGAUUCCGACCAGCUUCGGGCACGAGCUCAGAGCUUGCCUCCGUUGCAGGCUCGUCAAAACCUACGAUCAGUUCAGAGAGUCAGGCUGUGAAAAUUGCCCCUUCUUUAAGAUGGAUGAAGACCAUGAGCGUGUUGUCGAUUGCACUACUCCUAAUUUUAAUGGGAUAAUUUCGAUGAUGGAUCCAAGUAGAAGUUGGGCUGCUCGGUGGCUUCGAAUCGGAAGAUUUGUUCCUGGAUGUUACACCCUUGCUGUUUCAGAGGCACUUCCAGAGGACUUGCAGAAUUUAUGCGAAGAGGAGCGCGUGCAAUAUGUGCCACCAAAACGCUAAUGCGGGAUUGAAUAUUGCAUCAUUGAUGAUAAAUGGUGUUGGCACAUCUCAAUCUUAAGUAAAUACCUGUAGUUGGACUAAGAAACAUUCUGAGAACAAAAGGGCCUGCAUUCGAGUGUUCAUUGUUUGAGGUGGUGUACAAAACCGAUGUUUUGUAUGCAUGAUGUUUAGAUUUCUGUGCUGGUAUAGGCUUAUACUGAAUGUAUUUUUCUGUCUUGUGCGAAGUAGGCUAGACAUACUUUCUUGAUUCAACCAAUGAAGACGGAACUUUAGGUUUUACCCAGAACCUAAAGAAAAAGAAAGGAGAAGUUUGUAACAGACUGGAAUUAGGGUUAAAACCAUUUUGAUGUAGUGGCCUGGCCCAAAGUUUGGCCAACCAGCGGGCCUGUACUGGACAGUGGGUUCGGUUUAAUUUAGUUGGAUUUUUAACCAA